AUUUGCAUUAGCUACUAUACUUGUAUUAGCUAUUGUACUUGUAUUGGCUAUUGUAUUUGCAUUGGCUAUUGUACUUAUAUUAGCUAUUAUAUUUGCAUUAACUGUUAUACUUAUAUUAGCUGUUGUAUUUGCACUAGUUAUUGUAUUUAUAUUAGCUGUUGUAUUUGCAUUAGUUGUUGUAUUUGCAUUGGCUGUUGUAUUUGCAUUAGCUGCUAUAUUUGCAUCAGCUGUUGCAUUUGUAAUAGUUAUAAGAUUACUACCUAUAUAUAACAAAUAG